UGAAACGAUGUCGUUUGCCUCACUUUCCCAAAUGGGAAUAAGAGAAACACAGCAAAGCUAGGGAUUUAAGCUCUGGCAAUACGAAGAAGAUGAAGAAAUCCAAAGUCAGAAAGCUGAAGGCUUUCAGUUUCUUUUCGGCCACUCUGGUCAAUAACGCUGAGAGGAUGGGAACAUGUGGGCUUUGGAGGCAUCUUUUCUGUGUCAGGAAUCCUCCCAUUAAUGCCUUGUUCUUAUCUAACUUUUGGGGUUAUAAGAACAACUCAAACGGAGAGGGAGUACAAGUGAGAUAUUUCUGAGAGCGCUGUUGAAGGAAAGCUUCAUUUUGCACUAUGGUGGAUAAGAACGUACCACUCUCAAUUCCUGAAGGCCAAGAGAUUAAGAUUGAAGUCCAAUGGACUCAAUCUGAAACCUCGGGCUACUGCUUUCCACCAAGUGGUUUCUGUUCCAUAACAUAUGCAGAUGUCUUGCGUUAUGUUAACGAUGACAAGGAAGCCAAGAUUUCCAACUAUUCAGCUUUGCUGACUGGAGGUGUAAACAACCUGAGCAAUCAAUACUGCACUAUUUGCAAAGAACCUGGGCAUGAUACUAAUGUUUGUCCCCAACCCUUCAUGCUAGAUUGGCAUGGGUUCGUGAUCAAUGGCAUCCCAAUUGUUCAGCGGCCGCCUUGGAUCCCACCAAUUGGUCUUCCACACAUGCCAACUGUUCACCAGCACUGGGCAACUGUUAGACGCCGUCGCCGGGCAACCAUUAGACGCGGACACAUGCAAACUUUUGGACGCCCGUACAUGCGAGUUUGUGCCCCUUCACUCCAGCGACCAUUCAUAGUCCGAGCACCUUCAACUGGCAGAGGCAGGACUGUGGCCAAUAGGAGGCAACCAGAGUGCAGUCGUUGUGGCAGGGCUGGGCACAAUAUUCGCACCUGCGGUGAAUCUGCCUGAAGCUCUUGGUUAUAAUAAACUUGUUUUGGAACUUAUGUUUCCAUGUUUAUGUUCCUGCUGUCUGUUUUCCUUAGCUUCAAACUUCUAAACCUUUGGAACCUUUGAGUUUUCAAUUCGAGUAUGAAUCGUUUGUUAUUGGAUGUUCUGGUUAUUUUCUUAUCUUAAUUAAAAUUUUCAGUUGCAGAGACCAGAAAGUUU